AUGAUAGACGAUAAGCUUCAAACCGUCCUCGUGGACUUGGCGGCGCGGUUUCUGCUGAACCUGCCGGCUUCGGAGUUCGAGUCCUUCGAGCGACUCUUCUUCACCGUGGAGGAAGCGCACUGGUUUUACUUAGACUUUUAUCGAGACCACGACAAAAAGCUUCCGGCACUGUCUCUUCCAGAGUUCGCCUCUGAGCUAUUUCAGCAGGUUGACUUUCUUCGACCGUACGUGCAGUACCUGGAGAAACACUUUGCCGACUUUCAGGCGUACAAGCGCGAAGUACCAACUGCUGGGGUCAUCGCACUUAACCAGCGAAUAAGCAAGGUGUUGCUGGUACGUAGUUGGCAGCGGCAGCACUGGAGCUUUCCCAAAGGCAAAAUCGCCAAGGAUGAAACGCACCUCCAGUGUGCAAUACGUGAGUUCACUGAGGAGACUGGCUUCGAUGUAUCGCACUAUGUGCUUGCGGAUACCUACAUCGACGCCCAGUUGCACGGUCGUCCUUGUCGGUUGUUUAUCGCUGUCGGGGUGCCCGAGUCAGCCAAGUUUGAGCCUCUGGCGCGGAAGGAAGUAUCAGAGGUCCGCUGGUUUCCGUUGCUAAAGCUCAUACGCCAUGUCCAUGCCCGCAGUGAACAAGACCUUCAAGCAGACUGGCCUGCACCAGCACGCUUUCACGCAGUACGCCCGUUUCUGGCUUGGAUAAGAGAACAGUGCAAAAGGCUACGAUGCACUUAUGGCGUUAAACAAGGAGCAGGAUCCAGUGAUUUGGCUACAAGAGCCGCGUGCAUACAUCCUGGGUCAGUUAGGGACCCCGUGCCUGCACCGGUAUCUCUUCCCGUACAGUCACGGAUAUCCGGUACUGAGCACGGUCACUCGGGGUAUGCUGCAGAUGCCCAAACGCAUGUCAGGAUAUCGGGAGCAUCUGCCCCCUUUUUUACCGCGAUGACAACGACAACCGUUGGUUCGAGCGAUACGCGGUGGACAAGUUCAGCACCCGAUACGGAGGUCGCUUGGGAUCCACUGGAGCAUUUUCAACUAGAUCAGCAGCAGCUACUGGCAAUCGUGGACGAAGCCUUUGGGACAGUUCCACGUAUCACUGCAGACACACGCUGA